AUCGGGGCUGAUCGCAGUUAUUUUUUCAGGUUAAUACUCCAUCUGCGCCAGAUCUGUCAUUUGCAGGCUCCUUAUCUCUUGCACGGGGUGUUGGAUGUGUCUGCCGGCUGCAGCAGUGUUUGCGGUGCUGACCGCCUGCCUGUGCGGUCCGCCUCUGGCCGGGGCUGCGGGGAGCGUCCAGCAGCUCAAUUACCGGCCUGUCAUCGGUGUGUUGGCCCAGGAAAACCUCCCAGGUGACCAGUUUGCCCGUGGCUCCUCCUACAUCGCUGCAUCCUACGUCAAAUACUUGGAGGGAGCCGGGGCCAGAGUUGUGCCUAUCAGAAUCAAUCGCACAGAAGAAGAAUAUGUCAACAUAUUUUACUCCAUAAAUGGGUUGCUUCUUCCAGGAGGAGAUGUAGACCUGCAAAAGUCUCAGUUUAGUCGAACUGCCAAGAUCUUUUACAACUUGGCACUGAGGGCCAACGAUGCUGGUGACUACUUCCCUAUCUGGGGAACUUGCCAGGGCUUCCAGCAGCUCUCUGUCCUCACAGCCAACAAGAACCUGCUCACUCUCACUGAUACCAAGGCUGUGGCUUUACCUCUCACACUCACACCAGCGGCCCAGUCCAGUCGUUUGUUCCGAAGUUUUCCCAAGGAUUUGCUCCAGUCUCUGGCCGAGGAAAAUAUCACCUCCAACUUCCACAGCUGGAGUCUCUCUUUGCAGAACUACAGCCGCAAUGCCAAACUAAAGAGAUUUUAUAAGAUUCUGUCCACCAACAAUGAUGGGAAGAAGGAAUUCAUCUCCACAAUGGAAGCUUACCGGUACCCAUUCUACGCUGUGCAGUGGCAUCCCGAGAAAAGCCCCUUUGAAUGGAUCGACAAACCAGGCAUGGUUCACUCCAGCUCUGCUGUCAGGGCCUCCUUCUACACUGCCAGCUUCUUCAUCUCUGAGGCCAUGAAGAAUCACCACCAUUUUUCCAGUCCUUUGGAGGAAGAGAGGGCUCUCAUCUACAAUUUCUCUCCUGUAUUCAGAGGCAUCCAUGCCGUCUUUGUGCAGAACUACUACUUUGAUUGACAUGCAGUUCAACAGACUAAACAGACCUGGGCCAAAUCAAGUUAAAAUUUCUCUUUGGUAGAACAGUCUGAUGCAUUUUCAGAAACAGUCGACUCUGGACGAAGGGGUCUCUUGGCUUCAAACAUUUAAUCAGUAGCAGUUUAGUCAAGUUUAUUUGCUGAGUAAUAUGAAACAUGACAACAGCACAGUGAGGAAAUGCAAUGGUAAAGAGUACAGAAGAAAAUAAUAGUUUCUUCCCAUGAGAAUGAAAAAACAUCUAUUUGGAA